CGAAAAUGUUAAAGAUGGCGAGAAAAUUCUAGGUUAUCAGAAAUGAAUAAGUUACCUUCAGAGAGCAUACGUCUUCUCUCAAGUUCACAAGUCAUAACAUCGCCAAGUUCUGUUGUAAAAGAACUCGUUGAGAACGCAUUCGAUGCUGGUGCAACCACUCUCGAUGUUAAACUAGUAAGUGCAGUAUAUUUGUCAUUUGUGACUGUAGCAAUUGUUCAGUUUAUGUGCAUCAGUCAAAUCCAAGCGUGCCCAUCCAACCCUCCCCCCGGACAAACCCCCUGGCUUUUGACAAUUUUCGAAAAUAUGCGAAAAAUUCCCGGGGGUGGGGAUAAAAACACGUGAAAAUGCCCCGCAGUGCAGCAAAAAAUCAGUAGCAAAUCCUCCACUUUGGGGCAGCUUAACUGUUUGGCUAAGGGCCUGUUUAUAUGGUAGCCGGGCUGGCCCGCUUAGCGAGACAGUCUGGUAAGCGGGAUGAAUUUCUCUUGUGUUGAUAUGAGAAAAUUUCAUCCCACUUUCCGGGACAAUUUUGCUACAUUGUAUUGUUUUGACAGUUGUUAAAAAUAGCUUGCGGCGGUAUCUUUCAACUUUCAUCCCGGCAACUGGGUUAGCCCGCUUGUGAGUAUUUAUAUGGAGAAAUUUCCAUCCCGGUAAGCGAGAUCUCACCUCUUUGAAGCAAGAUCUUGGCAACCGGGCCAGCCUGCUUGUCCAUAUAAACACACGAUAAUUUUUACUAUAAAAAUAACUACACAGCGAGAUCUUGCUUGUACCGGGCUGUCUCGCUUAGCGGGCCAGCCUGGCUUCCAUAUAAACAGGCCCUAAGAAGAGUAGGUUAUCCAAUUACCUGAAAAUAAAGAGAAUACUUUCUUCAGACCUGUCAACUCUCAGGGAGACUCCUGGUUUUGACCUUUUUCUCCCGGUAUCAAGAUAUUUUCUCCCGGUUGCUUGUUUUAAUUGUUACGAGGUAAUGGAAUAUUUUCCAGAUUCAAAUAUCUGGCAAGAAAUAGUAAUUGUGUGAAAAUCACUUGUGUCCAAGCUGAAACUUACUCCAUGAACUACAAGUGUUCGGCUUUUUUAUCCACUUUCGCACUAUAAGUAUGAGCAAUAUAAAGUAGAUUAUUGUAAGGAUAUGAGAUGUAACGUGGGAUCUCGAAAACUAGUUGCAUUCUUGCCAUGUUUAUAGCAUUAAAUUAAAUUAAAUUAAACAAGUUGUUGAAGCGAAUGCAAUUAUAAUGAUUGCCAUUAUAAUGAUUGCCAUAUUAGCAUUAAAUUAAAUUAAACAAGUUGUUGAAGGAAUGAAGCGAAUGCAAUUAUAAUGAUUAUAAAGCCGGGAAAAUGAUUAGAAUUUUUACUGUUUUGAACACUGCAUAUGACUUUAAUUUUGCUCUCCUGGUUUUUGAUAAAAUCUCACAGUUUUUUAAGGGCUAAAAAGCGAAAUCUCCCUGUUUUAUAAUAAUUUUAAGGUUGACAGGUCUGCUUUCUUCGACGUGCGCAUCAUACAUACUCUAGCGCCAUGCUCACCAUGCUCUAGUGCAAGCAUUUUAAAGUUUGCGGUGUGGUUUGUAUCUAUGCAUUUUUAAACUACAACAAUUGACUGGCUUAUAUUUUUUAAAUGUUCUAGCUGAAACUGGUAUUGUUUUGUUUUAUAUUAGUAUCAAGUUAUCACGACCACUUAUGCACCUAUCAUCGUCUUGUCCGAGGGGGGUAACCCCGGGCGAACCUCGGGAAAUCCCGGGGAAUGCAAAAUCUACGUGGAACAAAGUUUGACAUUUUCCCGGGACCCAGGGAAAUGUGGAAAAUUAAAUUCCCCGGGACCCUGGGGUAUGCCUAUUGAUGACUUUUUAUGGGUCAUAUCUUGCAUACUUUGUCCAAAGGUGCGUUUACACGCUUGUGGAGCAUAUUUAAAUUUCAGUAGUAAAGUUUAGUACAUUAGAAAACAUAUUCAUUCAGCAAAGUACCAGUUUAUAAAUAUAUUGCCAUUGAAUAAAAUGAAACGAUUACCCACCAAAACUGUCUAGUUGAACAAAUUUGUUAGUAAAUAUUGCGGUAUAUUAUACUAUAUUAUCUAAAAAUUUAAACGUUUAAAUCUUGUACAUUCAUUAUUAGUUACAAAUAUGAAACUAACAGACUUGUUUAUAGCAGGAUUUGUAACAACAUGUUGACAAUACUGUUCAUAGUGGGCUGCACAACCUUGUUUACGCCUGUUGAUAUCAACCUGGAACAAGUUGUUGAUUUUCUCAAUUUUUACGUGUGUACUAAUUUGCAUUUAAGAUUCAAUGGUCAGCGGUAUUCAGCGGCUUAAAUGGUUUGCAAUUUCCCGACCCCUGGGAGUGUACAGAUUUUAAAUGUUUGAAAAUUACCCACCCCUGGGGGGAAAGUAAAUGUUACAAUCCCCCAGUAUAUCCCCACAUUUUCCCGACCUUGUCCCGGAGUUACCCCCCUCGGCAAGACAAUGAUAGGUGCAUUAAUAUCAGUGAUUGUAAAACCUCCAAAUCCUUAAUUUCAAUGCCCCGCCCUGGGGCAAAGGUUUGAGUUCAAAUGCCCAACCCCCGGGAUGUUUUUUUACAGGAAAAUGCCCACGGUGGCCGGGAGAUGGGCACGCUUGCAUUACCUGAUGCAUUAUCAAUAAACCAGGUACAAUUAGCCAUUUCCCAAUUGAGCAGAGGACUGGGUCUAGUUUCUAGGGAUAACAAGUUAUAGUGAGCGAGCUAAAUAUAUAUCAAAAGAUGCCUUAUUAUAAUUGUUUCGUUUCAGCAAAUAACUUUAGGAAUGUAGGAAAACUUCCUAGAUGCCAUAUUCGGCAUAUUGUUUAUUUUUUGUCCCUCCAAAUAAGCGACUAGACCCAGUCCUCUGCUCAAUUGGGAAAUGGCUAAUUGGGCUAUUUUCAAAACACUUUACCCCUGAGGAAUUCCAAGCUCAUUUUACUCCAGACUGUGAAAAGUUUGUAUCACACAACCGAGAUAUCUGUUUGCAAUUUUGAAGCAGCGGCGGAAAUUCACUUUUUGCGGUGGGGAGGCAAAGCCUCCUAAAUUUCCGACAAAACUUUCAAAUUUCCGACAACCCCCCCAUUUGCACUCGAAAAGACCGUUUUUAGCCCUCUUUUAGGUCAAAAUUUAAAAUUCGUCAAUUUUCCGUGAAGAAUUUCCCAUUUGUAAUAAAAUGACUGAAAAACGGCAAACUUCGCAAGGCUAUAUUAUCCGCAUUUUACAACAUUUCGCAACGAAACUUCGGAAUAUUACUAAUUUUGUGAUGCUCUUUCAAGCUGUGAUGAAAUUUUUGUCCAGGCUUAUCUAGAUCAAAAUUUCGCUCAUAAGGGGAAAGGUCUAUUAAGAUUCACGACGUCGACAUUUAAACUAUAAAUAUUUUACAUUCUUUUGAAAAUGAAUUUUAAAGAGACACAUGAAUUCAUAACCGUUUGCUAUGCUCUUGUAUUUACGACGGUAAAACUGUUCUUGUGAGGUUGUCGACGUUUGGUGGACGACGAGCAAAUUGAGAGAGACACGUGCACACUUCAAAAACUAUUGCCAAUUUACUUCCGAUUGCCGCCCGACGUCGUUGAUAUUGAGCUAUCUACUUAUUUAGGACAACAUCCUAGUCCCAGUCCUCUGCUUAGCCCUGACGUCCUAGCUGACGUCGACGUCGUAGAUCUUAAGCUAUCUAUUGAGUUUUAACUUAUAUUUAUUGCAUACUUGAGAUAAUUUUUUUUUUUAAAUAAAAUGUUUUUCCGACCUACCUACCCAUAUAAACCAUGGUUGUGAAACCUGAAACCAACUAUUAGUUUUAUUUGGCCUUACCCUUGAUGACUAACCCCAAGAAAAUACCAUGUCUUCUAGAGGUGUGCAAAUCCCAACUGAUCGGAUUCGGACAAAUUUUACGUGUUUGGAUUGGAUCGGAUUUUUUUCUUCUAUCGGUUUGGAUUUCGGUUGUUUUUCCAUCGGAUCGAAUCAGCUACUGGAAAAAUAAAUCCGAUGUAUUAGAUUUUGUUAUUUAACGUCAUUAAACUCGCAAUUAUUGCUUCACAAUUAUGGUUCAGAUUUUAGAAUUUUAAGAAAGCACAUGAUUUCUAUCAAAUUUUUUUUUGACCUUGGGUAAUUAAAACAAUUUGGAUAGUCGAUAGUCUUUGUAUCAUCCAUGCAUGCUUCAACUAACAUUUUAUUUGAAAAAUGUUAGUGUACCUUGUUCCCGCUUCCCAUUAUCUGUUGUUUUAUAUACACAGAUUCUUCAAAUAAGAAUACUCAAUUAUGUUUCUUUGUUGGUUUUACAAACAUUUUCAAUACGUGUUUCCGUUGUCAAUCUGCCAUGACUUUGUUUUUAGCAUGGUGAUAGAUAAUUGAAGUUACAUAUGUAAGAUAUGCUUUUUUUCUCAGAUCACUCACAGUUACGAUACUUUAGAUUGGAUCGGAUUGCAAUUUUUAGCAUCGGAUUGGAUUUAAUAAAACAUUUUCGGAUUGGAUCGGAUUACGUUUCAGCUCAUACCGAAUCAGAUUCUGAUUCAGAAGGUGGGCAAAACCUCUGAUUCAAAGAGCCCGAUCCGAUCAUCCGACGCACACCUCUAAUGGUCACUGGUUAUACAUCUGACACCGGAUCAGCACCAAUUCGGUGCCAGAAAGUGCAAGAAAUGGCAAUUUCAAGCCUCAGUGUUUCAAAUUUUUCACAGACUGCCCUAGUUCCCAGCGUCCCUAACUUUAAAUACGUGUUUUACCCAAAUUAGCCCCCCCCCCAAAAAAAAAACCCAAUAAAGCUUGUUCUGCUGCCACCAGUUAUUGCUACAAACUCGAGCUGGUACAAAGUAACAAACUUAACUCUCAAUAAGUCUCAAGGUGUACUUAGUCUUUAAAAUCAGAACAUAAAGCAUAGUUUUCACGGUGGUCAAAGGUAUUACAAACACUACGGUUACAUCCAACAUUCUUGUCCAAUCAUGUCACAGUUACAUGUGUAACACAUGUAUCUACUUAAUUACGGUUUUGAAUGCUUUGGGGACCGGAAAGGCCAUGGUACCAGGCGAAAGUAAGUACACAGAUAGCAAGAAUUUCACGUACUGUACCAGUGAAAAAAGUGGGCGUUGUGAAAACCCGGAAUAUCACGGAAUAUGGCGGAAUAUCACGGAAUAUGCCGGAAUAUGGCGGAAUAACACGGAAUAUCACGACAUUUUCCCGGAAUAUACCGGAUCAUCACAAUAUUUUCCGAUGGUAGAUGCGACUGUUUAUAAACAUGGACGUCUGACAACAUAUUUUAUUACAAAAGUGAUGAUUCUUUCCCAUUGUGACGGGAAAUAACAAACAAUAACUCUAUACUGGAAGUUUUAUAUGUUGUUUAUAUCAUUAUUACGAGUGUUUACCAAAAAUUUUGAAUCAAUAUGAUUAAUUCCUCCUGAGCACAUCGUCUUGAAAAACAAAGUGCUGACGUCAGCAUUAUUUUCGAACGCCUUCAGAACUGUGUUAUACACAAAUUUAGUUAAAAUUGACCAUUUUAUACCACCAAGCAUUUAUCCAAAAAUCAAAUGCUAAAAUAAAGACAAGUUUGAGCCAAGAUGUUUAAAUUCUUGUUUAUAUCAGGUAAGAAGUCUCAUCUUAACCUAUUAACACAGUUCUGAAGGCGUUCGAAAAUAACGCUGUAACUCAAGAGGAAUUAAUCAUAUUGAUUCAAAAUUUUUGGUGAACACUCGUAAUAACGAUAUAAGUAAUAAUGAUAUAAACAACAUAUAAAACUUCCAGUAUAGAGUUAUUGUUUGUUACUUCCCGUCACAAUGGGAAAGAUCCAUCACUUUUGUAAUAAAAUAUGUUGUCAGACGUCCAUGUUUAUAAACAGUCGCAUCUACCAUCGGAAAAUAUUGUGAUGUUCCGGUAUAUUCCGGGAAAAUGUCAUGAUAUUCCGUGAUAUUCUGCCAUAUUCCAUGAUAUUCCGCCAUAUUCCGCGAUAUUCCGUGAUAUUCCGGCAUUCCGGGUUUUCACAACGCCCGAAAAAAGUACCAGCAAUAAAUUGUGUAUUGGCAUUAAUGCCUCCCUGUCAAUGACCCCAUCAAAUGUAAUGCUUUGUUUUCCCAACAUUGCCGAGAAUAUCUCUGUGAAACAAUAUAUACAGCCACAGGGUGUCUCAAAAAAAGGCAGUCCAACUUUAGCAUGCCAUUGUGCGUUAAUUACGCAGUGUAUGAACUAUGAUUGAAGAUUCGGCUUUUAGAGAUGAAGAUUACUUUUAAUUUGGCUGUUGAAUGACAUUGUUCUCUAUAAUGGAUGGAAUCAAAGCAUGUCAUUCAACAGCCAAAAGCCUGAUCUUUAUGAUUACGAAAAAACUACUGUACGUUAAUACACCGAGUAAUUGACGCACAAUGGCAUGCUAAAGUUAGAUUGCGGUUUUUUUAGACACCCUGUAUAUAUAGAGAGCUACCCCCAAUUCGCAAUCAUAUGAAGCAUUCAUGCAGUACAUAUAUGUACAGGGGCGCACAUUAGGGGGUGUUUGGAGGGGAGUAACCCCUCCCUCCCAUUACUCGAAAAUCACAAGAAAUCUGUCCUAGUUUCGAUUGAGAUUGUAUCAAAAGUCGGUCCAGAAUUUUUGCUAUGAGAGUGUUUAAUCCACAAGCCACAAAUGUCUGGUGUAGACCACUGGAAAAAAUUUUGAAAAUCCAUAGAAGGUCAUAGAAUGGAAAUUGUAUGGACCUUUAUUGGAAAUAGAAUGGAUUUUGGUUAUCCAUAAUAAUUGUAUAUUUCCAUAGGAUGGAUAUAGUAUGGAAAUAGGAUGGAUAUGUUAUGGAGUGGUGCAAUUGCAAAUUUUGUAGUAUGGAUUUCACUUUUUUCUUCCAGUGGACAGGAGCACUUUUUCAUCCAAAUUCUUCAACUCAGUGCCAUAAAGUGCAGGAAAUGGAAUUUCCGAGCAUUGAUUUUCCCAGGGAAGCAUGCCCCCAGAUCCUCCUAGUUUUUACCGCUCCUACAGUGUAUUUUGCCACUGUGUUCCAGUGAAAUCAUGUUUUGCGUGCCGUGUUUGCACUUGGCUGAAAAUCUUAACUAUGGUUCCCCACUUAGCUGGAACUGAUUAGCCUCCCCAAAAUAAAACAUGUUCCGCUGCCACUGGUUGUAGAGUACAAGAGUCUGUCCCAGAUCGUCCGAAACCCCCACAGCAAUUUGUUGAAUGUGCGCCCCUGAUAUAUGUACUACCGUUUAUGUAAAUAUCAAUAAAUGUUUAGGAGAAAUUUGGUCUGGAAAAAAUUGAAGUUCGAGAUAAUGGGUGUGGUAUCAAGGAAAGUGAUUCUGAAUUUAUGGCUCAACAAUAUUAUACUUCAAAAAUUUCAAAACAUGAAGAUUUACAAAUGCUUGAAACAUAUGGAUUUAGAGGAGAAGCACUUGGUUCUCUAUGUCAAGUUGCCGAUGUUUGUAUAGUUACUAGGACAGUGAAAGACCCAGUGGCUGUGUUGUAUCAUUUGGAUCAUAAUGGAAAAGUUUGUUCAACUAAACCUACACAUGAUGGAGUAGGGACAACUGUUAUAACUUCAAAUCUCUUCAAGAACUUUCCCGUUAGAAAACAAUGUUUCCAAACCACUAAAAAAGGCAAAGAAGAACUUAAAAAGAUCGAAGAGCUCUUAAUGGCAUAUGGUCUGAUAAAUCCUGAAGUGCGGAUUAUUUUACGGAAUAAUAAGAAUGUUAUCUGGCAAAAGAAUAAAUGUUGUGACAUAAGAACAGCUCUCACUGACGUUUUUGGUGUUCAGCUGGUCAAUCAGUUUGAAUAUUUUGAGUAUUGUGACAAUGAUUUGCACCUCACUGUGCAGUGUUUUGUGCCAAAAACUGAUUCAGAUCCGCUGCUGAUGUGGAGGUCUUCCGAUGAAAGGUCUUUUAUUUUUGUGAACAAGCGCUACGUAAUUUGGAAAGAACUGUCGCAAGUAAGACAAUCGUAGACAGGAAACUUGCCCUUGAUCAGGUUGUUUGUCAAUCUGACUUUGUAAGAUGAUACAUGCAUGAUGUGUCUGUAAACGAACCUCCCUCCCCCCUUUAUUAAGCCCCUCUCUACUCUAACAAAUAAGCGCCUUAGGAUUUACGCUUAUACUGGAAGGGAUCAGACCACUGAGCUAUAAUAUUGCAGCUGUAAUAUAGUAUAGCUCAGUGGAUCAGACUCAAUCAGUUCAAUCAUUAUUACUCAGCAGCCGUUUGUAUGAACGCCGGUGAUAUCUACUGCACGGAUAGUGAUUUUUUCAAGCUUUCUUACAUUGAUUGAUAAAACCCACAUUAAAGUUUGGUACAUAAGAAUUCAAGUUGCCUUUUUUAAUUGUGAGAUCCUUUUUUAAUUGUGAGAUCCGUUAUCAAGCAUGUUUAAAAAGGUUGAAGAAAAUCACUCUCCAGUGGAUAGCGCUAUCCUGCCUUCGUACAACUGGUCCCAGUGCAUCAUUACAUGACAUGCAGCAAUCAGGAAGAAAUGUCAAAGCAAAUUUGUAUGUAUCCGAAUUGCCCAAACAUACUAUUGUAUGUUUUUUAAAUCUUGAAUAUUUAAAGCCAAAUCUUGAAUAUUUCAGGUCCUAAAGAAGCGAUGUGUUUUAAAAAACAAGGAAACAAGCAGUGGAAGGUAUCCAUUGUGUCUUGUGAGUGUUUGUUUGUCCAGCCAAGAUGUUGACGCAAAUUUAGAGCCGAACAAAACGAAAGUUAUCAUAAAUCACAAGGUGAAUACUGUACAACAAUCAACAUGCAUACAGUAUUAUUAAGUCUAUAUGUUGAGUAUGUUGUUAAUGUUUUGAAAUUUGUAUUCUAUAUAUAUUAUUAAUAUCGGUUGCUUUAUUAUCUGUGACAUCUAAUAUGCUAAAUUUCGCAAUUAGGAAGAAGUUCUAGAAAUUAUAACCAAAGAAUUGUGUAAGAUUUACAAUGCCAACGACCUUCCGUCUGUAAAUGAGUAAGUUUUUUGUCAAAAUGUUUUUAGUAUAACGUCUACCAAUUGUAAUUAUUACAUGUAGUAUUUAGAUGUUAGCUUUUGAAAUUUCGUUUGAAAAAGUAUACUGUAGCUAUAUCUGGCGAGUUGUCUCUCUAUGUAAACUCGGACAUUUUUCUGAUAUUUUAUAGUAUUAUUUCUAUGAUACAGUAUGAAACGAACAACAAGCGAAAAUUGAAAAUUCCCGUCAAAUUUGAGCUUUUAGAAAUUGAUGUGUACGAUUUGUACUAGUCGUACUGGAGGAAUUUCUGGAAAGAAAGGAUUGUUCGACUGAUAAUUCUUCUGCGCUGAUAAAAGUGACAAACAGACGCAUCGUCCGUCGAGACGAGUUUGUAUUUGUAUACAAAGACGAACUUGCAUGCAUACAAUAGUUCGUCUUGACGGACGAUCCGUCCAUGUACACCGUCCAUGCAUGUACACAAAUACAGUAUUACAGUUCAUGAACUACUGUAUCAGGAAAAUACCAAGCAUGAUUUGUACGAAUUGUACCCUGAAUCAUUCCAAGUAUGGAUACCAAGCAUGAUUUGUAUUCUGAGUCAUUCAUGCCAGUAUAUGGAUACCAAGCAUGAUUUGUAUUUAUGCCAGUAUGGAUACCAAGCAUGAUUUGUAUUCAUGCCAGUAUGGAUACCAAGCAUGAUUUGUAUUCAUGCCAGUAUGGAUACCAAGCAUGAUUUGUAUCCUGAGUCAUUGCCAGGCGUAUGGAUAGCGCUAGCUGUUGUUCAUCUGGAUAGUUCGUAUUGGUUUUCAAUAAAACGGAUGAUCCUGCAAACGGAUGAUGUUCUUGUAUAUUUGUAUCUGGAAAGUUGAUAGCACUGAUCAGUAUAUGUAAAAAUAAUGUUAACCUCUGAUCAUUGUAGAAUCUGUAAAUAUAUGUAAUUGCAGUGUUAAUAGCCACCAUGUUAGACUUGCAUGGUAUGUAUUUAUCAAUUUGCAAACGGAUGAUGAGUCUAGUAUAGUACAAAUGGGGAGACUCAGUGGAGUAACGUGGGAAACAUGGCAACCUUUGCCCCCCCCCCAAAAAAAAAAAAACAAUCCGGUGUACACAGUACUCCUAUUGAAAGAGAUUUAUUUUUAACAGAAAAACGCAUUGUAUGGAGUCAACUGGUAUUCAAUCGAUUACUACCAUAGCCUCGGCUGGUGAGAGAGCUCAUUUGGAUCAAACUAGCGAAUUAAGCGCGCAAAAAACUUCAGAAGUUGUAACAAACCAAAGCACGUCAACGACUUCACUUGAAAAUGAAAGACCGAGUGAUAUAGAGAGGUCAGAAAGAAGUGCCUCGGUUGUUGAGAUAGUGGUGAAUGCCGAUUGUAUUGCUCAAAAUGAAAGAUCGAGUGAUAUAGAGAGGUCAGCAAGAAGUGCCUCGGCUGUUGAGAUGGUGGUGAAUGCCGAUUGUAUUGCUCAAAAUGAAAGACCGAGUGAUAUAGAGAGGUCAGAAAGAAGUGCCUCGGCUGUUGAGAUGGUGGUGAAUGGCGAUUGUAUUGCUCAAAAUGAAAGACCGAGUGAUAUAGAGAGGUCAGAAAGACGUACCUCGGCUGUUGAGAUAGUAGUGGUGAAUGCAACCUCGUUCCCAGGGUCUGGGAACGAGGUUGUGGUGAAUGCCGAUUGUAUUGCUCAAAAUGAAAGUUUUCAUCAACAAGGAAAUACUGAUGGCCAUGAACGUUCAAACUCAAACAUUUCUAGUGAAGCAACUACCAAUUGUUCAUCCCACGAAGAAAAUAACGUGGUUGAUGUUUUGCAAGAAAAUGAUAACCUGAUAACAAGAAAAGACUCCUCUGUUGAUAGUAAUAUAACGUCUGAUCCUGUUUGCAUGGAGAAAAGAAACAAUAACAAUGAUGGUAUUGCUGCUACAUCGGAGAAACAGGACGGUUUACAAAAGAGUAGCGAUCUAGAUGAACUGUUGGAAAACUUUAUCAACGACUCUGACAUCAUUGAUGAUUCUUUAUUGGAUAUAUCUUUAGGUUUGUCAGUCUAAUUUUAUUUCUCGGUAAAGAAGAUAAAGAAAGUAAAACUAUGGUUGAUAAAGGUUUAUAAAGAAAGUCACACUAUGGUUAAUUAAAAGCGGUAGUUGAGUGAUUGUCCUGAACCAGUUGGUUUUAACUACGGCCCAGUGAGCUCCAUAUAUAUCUGGAUUAAUAGAAAUGCAUGUCACUCAUUGGACGUCAGUUCCAGUCCAUUUCUAUUGUUUUUGUCUGCGCGGUUAGCACGAAGCCUAGCAAGGAGUGUGCCGAAAUUUCGUAUUUUGGUAUCGAUUUAAAAAAAUAACACUAUGGUUUUAUGAACUGAUAACGUGUUUAGGGAUACGAAUUAACUGAGAAAGAUGGUAUAAAAACUGUUUACGAUCUUCAGAGCUAUUGGACGUCAAUGGCCGCCAUCUUGGCUUCACUUUUUUCAUUGACCGAAUGACUGAAGUUCUUGCUCCAGAUAUAUAUAGAGCUCACUGCUACGACCAGAGUCUGACUCUGUCAUCUGAACACAUCGUAAAAAUAACGUUUUUGAUUGGUCGUUAACCGAUUAUUGUUGCAUGACAACGAGAUAAGUAGCACAUUCUUCCAGAAUUUUAACUAUAUUUUUCUUCAAAGCGAGGAAUGCAAGCCAGAAAAAUAUAUUUCUGGAACCUUGGUAAUAAAUUUUCUGUUUUACGUCAUUCAUGCACACUGUGAUAAUAUGAAGUAGUAAAUGUUAAAUUGACAACCUUUCAGUCGAAACAUGCUUGAUUAAACAUGCUUGAUUAAAACAAUAAAUUGUUGAACGUCAACCUGUGGGCCCAAUAAAGUAACAUGUUUGAAAACCAGAAUUUGAUGUCAAAUUUGAUGCGCAAAUCGGCAAUGAACACUGGAACACUGGUCAUUAGAAUAGUAUGCGACCUGAUCAGGAAACAUUUUUUUAUUUUCAAAUCCUUGUUGUCCUAUUACUUUUCACUCAAUAUAUACGUUAUGGUCCAAACUCCCUAAACGACUUAUUUUUUCCAGAAACGGUUGCACCUAAUCAAGAGCAGUGGAGUAAAGGUCAAGGUUUGAUCGACAAAAGUGGAAAAGAAAUAGAGGUAACACUAAUUUAUUAAAAUUUCUUUACAUCAUUUAAAUCUUCAUGUAAAUACAGUAUAUAUACAUCAAUAAAUCCAACUCCCUGAAUAGAUCGCCAAUUGUUUAGCCCAACAGGGCAAGUUAUUCUACGCUUUAUAAAUUAAUUUACACAUUUACUGUACAUAAAAUAUUUUGCAAAGGCAUGUCCCUCUUGUCCCAAUUAUUCAUUCUUAAAAUAACUAACUAUAAAAUAUUUUGAAAAACAGUGGAAUUGCUGCUAUCUAAUACAUAACCGGCAGCUGAUUCCUUUCUUCGUGUUCUACAGAAGAAACUAUUCCUAUUUUCUAUAAGUCUCAGUACGUGGUAGCCUUUGAGACUUAUAGGAAAUAGGAAUAGUUUCUUCUGUGGAAGGAAUCAGCUGCCGGUUAUGUAUUAGAUAGCAGCAAUUCCACUGUUUUUCAACGUGGAGAAAGUUCAAUGACUGUGUACUGUAUCAAUAUGAUAGCUGAUCAAUUUGACUAAAACUUUUAGUCCGAGUAAACGUAUCUUGGCUGUAUCCAAUAUAAUUUCACAAAUAAAUUCAAUUUCAUGAUUUCUUUAUGCAGCCAUUGCAGCUUCUGCGGCCAAGUGUAUGCAAUAAAGAAAAUGAAAACAGUACCGGAACAUCAUUAUCGAAUGGAAAACGUAAAAACAUCGGUGAUAAGGUACUGUAUCUUUUAUAUAAGAAAUAGAAUUACUGGGCGUCCUCCAAGACAAGCGUCGCGGCGAAAAUAUUUCGUGCACAGCACUUAAAGACUCGCUACCAAUCCCCGUUGACGCAAUAGCUCAAUUAUACUAGUCCCUAAUCCUCUGUGGACACCUUUUAUUUUCCCGUGACGUCACCGAGUGAAAUGCGGACCCGCUGUAUAUUAAUGAGAUCGUGUACUACUGUAAAACGUACUUGUAAAUAUAGCAUUAGUUUUAUUGUAACUUUAUAACUUAUCAUAAUGUUAUUAUUGUAAGCACAUUGUAAUUCAAAUUUUUCUCCCAAUGAUGUCCCAUUAAAACGCAUGAUAUUGAUAGAUAUCGCAUAAUAUUGAUAGAUAUCGCAUAAUAUAAGGGUGUGAGGACUAAACUGUAGAUCAAUGGGUACAGCGGCGAUCUAUAGAAACCCGAAGAUGUGAGUUCGAAUCCCGCUGGAGAAACGAAUUUUCUUUGUAUUUUGCAGUGUCAGAAUAAUAUGAAACUAGUUUGUCAUAUCUCUGAAGAUGGUUCUGUGUGAAGAAGACUAGUGUGGGGGAAAAAUAAAAUCUAAAUUUUAAAUAUUUUAUAUUUAGGAUAUUUCCAAAUCAGAUCGCCCAAGUAAGAGGAACAAGAAACAUUCUAUGGUAAGAGAUUGUAACAUCACUAACAUGGUAACUAAAGGUCAUGCACACGUUGCACCAUUUUACCGCAAUUUAGGGACCGGUCAUUAUUUAUGGCGGGGGGUGGCACCGAAGAGAAAAGGGUUGGGUAAACAAAAUUUUGAGUGAGUAAAAUGUUGGGAAAAUGAAAAACAAAACUUAAGGGUUGGGUAAUAAGAAUUUAUUGUCAUUUCCAAAGCAUGACUCACUCAAAUAUUGAAGACUAAAAAGCAAUGUCAACAGUCCUAUGUCUAUUAAUACAAUAUGUAAUUCAAUCAGAGUCACUGUCUUAAUCAUUUUCCGAUUUGUCAUGAGGCAAAUGGUGUCUCCAAAGAAUGUAUAUGUACAGACAACAUGAAACUUUAGAUUGCAAAAGAUUGCACAAGCAUGCAGUUAUGAAACUCGUGUCACAGAAGUGAGUACAGGACAUGUGUGACUGAACGGAAUCCUUUUGUAAAGUUUUUGACCAGGGGUGGGUAUUUAUUUUUUAAUUGAUAUUUGUGGUUGGCUAAAAUAUUUUUGACUUUUUAAUUGGUUGGAUCAGCAAAAUUUGUACCAAGAAAAAUAUUUCUCUUCGGUGCCACUCCCCGCCAGAAAUAAUGACCGCUCCCUUAAUAGCAACGCAAUUUUUGGCACAAUUUUCCGUGCAUGUACAUGUAUGGAAGUGUAUAAAAUCAGAAAAAUUCUGUGAAUACUUUUUGAGAUAACAUGGUUCUAUAUCAGACAUUGCGUUACAGCAGCAAAUGUGUCCUGUAACCUGGCCUUAACACCUAAAUUGAGCCCCCGAGACCUUAGGAGAUCUCUUAUAGACUCAGCGCUACACUUUACAUUUACAUAUGCGAUUCGUGGGAUAUUUUGUGAUUUGCCGUGUACCAUGUAUCUCUCAAGUAUCUUUAGUAGAUCUGAAAUCAGCACGACAAAUUGCAGAGGGUAUAAUAUAUCUCAAUGGUGAAGAAAUCCUAUUCAGGAUAGCUCAACCUGUUCUUUCUAAAUAGACUAGCUCUCAUCGGUUUCUUCCUACUGGACGAAGCUUAUAAACUAAACUAACUCUACGUCUAUCAGUCUAGUUUAUGUCAAUGUUGAAGCUGACAAUUUUUGGUUUGAUAUAAGACAAUUAAGGUAAUUCCGCAGUAAUUGUUCCCGAAAUGAGAAUGUGCUGAAACUUCCCAGGCAUGGAGUUUAUGAUAAAAUCACACAAAAAAGUCGCGGUCACCGAACUCGUUAAGAAGAUAUGACAAUCACAGUAUACCACCUUUACUCCAAUAUGGCGCCAUUUUGACGCUCAUUACGAGUAACAGCAAACUCACAACAGCCCGAUAUUUAUUGACGUUUUUAGCGCGGAUUUUGCUUUAGUAAACCUAUCAUGCAAUUAUUUUUGAAAAAAUAUUGUGUUUUAGCAAAAUGAAGCUACUAACGUGUUCAAUUCUGAUCCACAAAUGUCUUUUCCACAUUUCUUUACAUAUCUUUCUUUAAGAACAUGCAUUGAUAAAGCAUUUUUUUCCAAGAUCCAGAAAUGAUUUUUCUUUUAAUUUCGGAUAUGAAAUGUAAAAUGCAUUAAAGAAAUAAAUUAUCAGUUAAAAAACGGGGGUCACCGAUCUUUUUAGGGAAUUGUGGCAUUAAAACGUGAAAUACAAGUAAAUAAAUAUACUGCAGACACAGGACCCUAGCUACACUUUUGUAUGCCUUUUUUGAAAACAUUGACUUUAAUUCUUUGCACGAAUGUAACCAAAGUGUUUUGAAGUAACAUAAAAUUGUCAUAAAAUGAUAUUUUUUUAAUGGUACGUAUAAUGGGUGAAAUUAUAAGUUAUAAGAUGUGCGCAGUAAAAGUGCGCAAUGCAAAACUGCGGAAUUACCUUAAUGACGAUGACUUUGAUAUGGAGUCGAAAUAUUACCGUCAAUUUUUGUGUCCUGUUUUUAUACUACCAAUGCCUUCAUGAUUCAAAGAUUUUCACUGCUUUGUUACACAGUUAUAGUCCAGUCAAUCUGUGACCAGAGGUCAAAGAAAUUGCAAUAGAAUUUUUUUCACUGGUAAAAUGUGAGGGAAGGUGUCCUGAUUAACAUACUAAAAAUCCAAAAAAAUCCCUUUGGUGGAACAUGGUGAAAAUCAAGUUUUUCUUACUUCUACCUAUAGAAAACCAUUGUGGACAGAAUGUUCAAAUUUUGAAAUCAUUUUUAGGCAAAUGUAACCUACAUUAUUGGAAAGCUUAGAAAAAACUAAAAUAUAGAUCAUUAAACGGUUAUAUUCUAUUUACUGGUCAGUUUGUCGUUAUUCUAGCUCAAAGUUGGAAAAAUAGUGCAAAAUUUGCACAAAAUACAAAUUUAUGGCAUUUUAAAUCUUGUAUAACUUCGGCUGGAUAGGCAAAAGCAAGAUAACCGUUUAAUUAUCUAUCUUUUAGUUUUUUCUAAGCUUUCCAAUAAUGUAGGUUACAUUUGCCUAAAGAUAAUUUCAAAAUUUGAACAUUCUGUCCACAAUGGUUUUCUAUAGGUAGAAGUAAGAAAAACUCGAUUUUCACCAUGUUUCACCGAAGGGAUUUUUUUGGAUUUUUAGUAUGUUAAUCAGAACAACUUUUCUCACACUUUACCACUGAAAACAAAUCUAUUGCGAUUACUUUGAUCAGGACCAUGUACUUAUAGUGAUUUGACUGGACUAUUAUUCAGCGAUAGUUUAAAGGCUUUCAGAAAUUAUUGGGGGGCGGUGGUUGGUGCUGAGUAUUUUAUUCCUGUUUUUCUUUAAAUGUUUAGUAGUAAAUAUGUAUUUAUUUAUAUAUGGACAUGUAUUUAUAAUCUUGAAAGGUAUGCGCCAGUGUAAGUAGAGCCAAUGAUAAUAAUGUUAUAUUAAAGUCAAACCGGAUGUUCUCUUGCAAUCAACAUUGCAAUAUUGUCCCACAAUAUUGCAAAUUUUGAUAGGGAGAUUGCUGUGAGCAAUUUGCAAGCGACGAGAACAAAUUGCAAGUUGAAAUUCACAAAAGAUUUGUAAACAAAGCCUCUGAUUGGACUAUUAGUAAAAAGGAAGCCAAUAAAAUGGUCUGAGUAACUGGAAUGGUGCUUCCCUGUUUCUUAUAGUCCAAUCAGAGGCUUUGUUUACCAAUCGUUUGUGAAUUUCAACUUGCAAUUUGUUCGUGUCACUUGCUAAUUGCUCAGAGCAAUCUCCCUAUCAAAAUUGCAAUAUUGUGAGACAAUAUUGCAAUGUUGCUUGCAAGAGAACAUCCGGUUUGACUGUAACAGUUACGUCACUACUAACUUCCCGAGGAAGAGUCUUCGCUCGAAACGUCGGAGUUCUCUUUUCAGGUGGUUGCAUCGCUACCACUCCGCAGCUUUCUUAUGUAUUUAUAAUGACUUUGAAUUUUCUUUUAGAUAAGUGGACAAUCAUUGCUCACGUCGGUACUACAAUCGCCUAAAACGUCAUGUAAUACAGAUACUAGCAGAAAAACAAAAGAAGUUUCAUUUUCUUUAUCACGGUUGAAACAGUUGGCUGCUCAUGACAGGUACAGCAUUGGAACCAUUAGCCACCAGUGAACUCCAUAUAUAUCUCGAGCGAGAACUAGAGUCCAAAAAGUGAAGCCAGAUUUGUGUUAACCGCGCUAACCGCCAUCUUGGCAAGGAGUGCGCUGAAAUUUUGUAUUUUGACAUCGAUUUAAAGAAUAACACUAUGGUUUUAUGAACUGAAAACUUGAUUAGCGAUACGGUCCGUUAGAAAAAAAACUGAAUUAGCUUAGCUGGCAAAAUGAUAUAAAAACUAAUAAAUAAUAAAUUAAUAAAUAAUAUUAAUAAUUAAUAAAUUAAUUAAUAAAAUGCAGUAAUAAAUUUACGUGGUGUUUCCACAAACAAAAACAAUGAUAUAAAAACUGUUUACGACCUUCAGAGCUAUUGGACGUCAAUGGCCGAAUGACUGGCGUUCUUGCUCCAGAUAUAUAUGGAGCUCAGUGUUAGCCACUGGGGUACACUGGCCUACAUGCCCACCGCUUGGAGGAAAUUUUAAACUGUCACAAAUAUUUUUAACAAAGUACAGAGAACGUUGAAACUACGGCAAGCAGUACAUGUGCGGGUAGAACAAGCCUGUAUAACUAGUACAUUUCAAAACCCGUACUUUGCUAGAGGUGUAAACUGUGGAACUAUAUACAGUAUGUAAACCUGCUCCUUCCAACUGCUGCGACACUUUCACCAUCAUACCUACACAAGAUUUUCCUCCACCCAACUGCUACUGCCCACACUCAUGACUUUAUCUAUAGCUCACACUCAUUGUCAGCUUCUCUACCACUUCUCAUCUACUGUAUAUACUGCUAGCUUUUCAUUUCCCUUCCAGUUCCUUCUAUUCCAUAGUUUUCUUGUUCUGUUUCUGUUUGUAUCACAUUUAGCGUGCUUCGCCACUUUUGACACUUCUUAAUUAAUGUUAUCCAUGUGCAAAAAUUAAAGCUGUUUAAGACUGAAAUUAGUAAAAACGCAGAGACAACUAGAGGGCACUCUGAAGGCCAAGACACGCCAGAAGCGAUUCGGCAGCGGAUAAAACAGUCAAUGAAAGGAAAUUUUCAAAGAUGUAGACCAAAUGACUCAAAACGUUAUAACGCUUCUAAAUAUUUGGAAAAUUUAAACCCGGAUCAAACUUAUCGGUCAGUGUAAAUCGUAAAAUCGCGCCGCAUUGCUCGAAGAGUGUAUGUUUAUUGCACUCUUGACCCCAAUGGCCUCGUUUUCAUGCGGUUAUUUCCUCAUAUUUCAUGCACAAUAUGGUUAGGGAUAAGUUGUGAUUGGGAUCAAGAUCAAAGAGAAACACAUCCGUGCACGAAACAUGGAGAUAUAACUUUCAGGUAUACUUGCCAUGGUAAAACACGUAAACAUGAAAACGAGAUCAAUGGGGCAAAAGUGCAAUAAACAGUAAAGUUUAUUCAUAGUUAAUAGAAAAUAGACAUGGUUUGGAAGCUUGACAAAAGUCAUUGUUCUAUGUUUUUGUCCAAGUUUAUGGAAAUUUGUGCACUCGGAUUCCGUGUAUAAUGAGGCGAUUACCCAAUAAAAACCUUAGUUUCAAUCGCUGAACCCUAAUAUUUGAAUAUUAAACGCAAGACAAAAGAUGUGUGUACUCGGAAUUACAUUUCAACAUCAGUUGAAGUUUGAAUAGGAAAUUCUUUGAAGUUUACCGGCCUUCCUAACCAUGUUUAUUUCUAUUAACUAUGGUUUAUUACACCGCUAAAAACGAUCAGGUUGUUGCAAUGUUGAUGAAAACAGGAUUGAACAAUGUUUUGCUGCACACAUUGUUUACAGUUGUCAACAACAUUGAAUAAUAUUGUUACACCCGAUUCAGGCUCAACAAUAUUGUUCAAUAUUGUUGACAAGUGUGAACAACGUGGGCAGCAAAACAUUGUUCAAUCCUGUUAAACAGCGAGCUCAGCGUUUUUACGCAUACUGAAACCUGUAAGGUUAAUUAAAUACUUGACAUGGUAUUGUUAACACUGUAGUAAUAUUUCUAUAUAGACCAAGUGCAACGACAACCAAAGAAGAUAUUCAACUAAUCAAGCGUCUUGAUCCGUGGGGCGUAUGGCUGGUUCAUCAGAAGAGAAAAUUAUUUAUAUUAAAUCCUUAUAGGUAAGUGAAGAAAUUGAAACUUUUUAAAUGAGAUAUCAUCAUGAUUAGUCAAUCCCCGCCCCUGGAAUAUUAUCUGUCUAAAAUUGGGCAUUUAGAGCCCAUAUCCCAACACACCAUGUCUCAAAUUCAGUUGAGUCAUUUCUCUAUUUACUACCGAUAUUUUCUUCCUUACAUAGGAUCCAAGAGUUAUUACUGUAUAAAAGAUUGCUAUCUACCCAUGUAGUACCUACAGAAAAACUCGACAAAGCCAUUAGUUUAGAUGAAAGGUAAUCAUACAGAACAUUCAAAUCUCAAGCCCAUAAAUUUCCAGUCAGUACAUUAUCAAGUCAUUUGUAUAAAAGUUAUCAAACAUUGUCCUGGAACCAAGGAACAGUGAUUUCUGUCUACAUUUAAGUGCUUGCAUGUGGUUGGUGAGAUAUGGUGCAUUGUUUACAAAAUACCUUGCCAACAUGUUGCCAACGCCUUGAGAACCUCCUUAUUUAAAACUAUAUAUUCAAACAUUAAACCUGGUUUACACUAUCAAAGUUUUUGUGAUCACAGUAGGAAUUUUGCAUAAAUUAUUUAUAAGAAAUGUUUGAGACUCAGUGUUUAAUAUUAGGUCAAUUUGCUCGAACAUUUCUGGUAAGAAAUCCUUCAAAACCUAGUGUUUACUUAUGCAAUAUUCCUGCUGUGAUCACAGACUUUGGUAAUGUAAACCAGGUUUAAUAACACCCGAAGACAGCUGGAAGUCGCAUUAAUUUUAUUUUCUUGUAGAGUUCUUGGUGGUACAUCUCGAUUCUCGUUGUUGAAGAAAUUGGUGAUUCAAAACAAUCAAGAUGAAAAAGUUCGGUAAGCUGGCACCGGUAGAAUUUCAAGAAUUCCAUAACGACAACCAGAAGCAACCCAAGCUCGUCCCCAGGGUCUUCCUCGUGGUGGCGCGCGAGCUGAGGAAGACCCUGGGGACGAGGUUGGAAGCAACCUCGCAAACCAGGCUCUCUACUUCCGCUUGUAUUUGGGAACGGAAGUAGGGAGUUUGGCUUGCGAGGUUGCACCAGAAACUGCGAAAGUGACAUUAAUUUUGCGACCCUAUUUAAAACGUUUCCCUCUGGUGAAGAAAAUCAUCUGGCGUUAGCCAGAGUGAAAUACUAAAUUAUCCAGUUGUUAGAUAAAAGUAUUAAAGAUAGAUUUUAAAGAAAGGUUUAAAAGGUUUGUAGAUAGAGACUUAAUGCAUAGCUAAAUCAUACCCAUCAGGUGUUGCGAUGAUGAACGUCUUGUUUCUAAUGGUUUUGAAAUAACGGGAAGAUUAGGUAAAUAUUUCCAGUUUCUUGUACCUUUGUAUUUCAUAUAAAUUCGUUACUUUCAAUGUACGUGAACAGUGGAUGCCAUCAUGGAUUCAUGGUGUAUUUAUUUUUAGACAGAGAAAAUGGUGAAAAUAGUAUAUCGCUGGUUAAAAUGAACACAACGAUUCCGUAUUUUGGUAUAGGUGAUCUCAUUCAAGUUUUAGGUAGGCUUGCAUUUUCCUUACCCAGAGAUAGUUGUAUAAAAACUGUUAAUUAAAAGUUAACCAUAUAUACUCUAGUUUCUGUAAUGAAAUAAUUCACCAAUCAUUAGUUUUGAUUUUUUUUCUCAUUUAGACUUCAUCAAAGAUAACGAGUCGCGUCCAGAAAACGGAAAGAAAAGCCGGGAUCUUGCGACUUAUCGCACAAGUAAAGUCUGCACUUUUCUCAAGGUUUGUUUAUGCUUCGGAAAUAAUCUUUACUUAUUAACUGAAUAAAGUGUAUUUUUUGAAAGAUAGGCAGAUAUUUACAACAACAUGUUGACUCAGGUUUGGAACACAAUUCGUCCAAUCAUUCUCACUCUUUGGUAAACCAGAUUUCGGUAAUUUUAUUUCAUAAUGGAACAUGAAAUUCAACGGAACGUAGCUGAGCACUAGAAAUAUUUUUGCAUGAGUUCUCAUAUGAAUGAAAGUAUUACGUUAGCGCAUGUAUUAAAACGUUACCGUUAAUUAUUCGUGAGGAAAAGACAAAGGAAGUCACUGUCGGUUUUUUAAAUUACUUCGCCAAUGAACUCAUAAGAUGGGUCUCUUUUUAAGCCAUUUAAAAGACUCUCAGUCUGUGUUUUAUCAAACAUGCAGCCAGACGGGGAGUGUGUCAGGCCUGUUUCCCCUUCCAUCCACCCGCAUUUGCGGAAGAGAAAACAGGGCCUGAUACUCAGGCUACUAAUCAUGACGCUAACAAUAAUCUCAUUAUUUUGAUGUAGGAUGAAGUUGCACGUAUAUCCCGGAGUCUUCCAUCACGAAUGUCUGAUACGGAUAUUGCUGAACUGUUAAAGAACAUGAACGAACAUUUAACUGAGAAUGAGAGUACUUGUGUCCACAAUAGACCAUUAUUGCAUUCUCUCGUGUCAUUUUAAAACAAGUUCAAAGUUAUCUGAGGCUGAGUGUGUUAACCAUACUGAUUCAAGAGAACGUGAAGAUUGAUGUACUGCUGAAGAGUGCAACGGUUUAUUGACGUGCGUUUGUCUGAGCAUCGUCUGGAAGUGGAAUUGUCGGGGUACCUGAAGACAUGACCGGAUUUUGAGGGGGUGUGGGGAGCUGCGCACUUCUCCUGAGAUUGUUUUGCACCUCCUCUUGGGAAAGGUCAAAUGAUAGAUCAAAAUGAAAAUUUCCGUCGUCGUGUUAAGUUGCACCUCCACCCUAUAUUUUUUGUAUCUCCCCCACUAUACCCACCAAAAAUCCGGUCGUGUAUGCCUGAAGACAACGUACAUAGGAUAAAUAAAUAAAUAAAACUGGGGUUGAUCUAAGUUUCAGGAUUACAUUGAACAUUGAAAUAUGUAAACACCAUCAACCCAGAAACGACCUUUAGACAUUAAAAGACCGGUACAGCUAGAACAAAAAUAUUUUAUUGCAUUAUUUCACAGCAGUUUGCAUAAUUUGGCGAUGUUUCUGCACACAUUCUGUGCUACAAUAUUUAUUUGAUAGUCUUUCAAAUGGAACCAAUCCUUGUAAACUUCGACUGCAGUUGAAGCAGAUAUUGCUAUACGAAAAAAUAUGAAAAUUAACACAGUAAACCACUAUAAGAAUAUGUGAUUGAAUAAGCUGGCUUGAUUUGAAAGUGAAAAAGUUAAGAAAGCUCUAAUAUUGCCAAGACCUUCCUCAGCAGAUGUAGAACGGAAAUGCAUGCACACAAGCUUUUGAAGAAGUACAAAAUUGAUCCCGUGAUAACAAUGAACCAAUCAGAUAAAUGUACAUGGUUCACAUUUAUUCUGCGGUUCACACGGUCGUCGAAGAUCCUCAAAGAAAUAAUGGCUCUGAACGGCUCAAAGUUCCGGGAAUCCCAUGCAGAUUAUCGGGAUAUACGAGUGCAGCACGUGAGUUAAAAUUUGAAACAUUUUGAAGCGUGAAUUUGAUCGCACUUGAGGGGAUAAUGUUUUCCUGAAUAACUCCUCGAUACAUAAUAAAUAAUAUCCUCAAAUAAUAAUAUGAAACAUCUUACUCAACUUACCCUAAUCUUCGCUCGGCUGCCACUGCUCUCUAAAAUGAUACGAAGAGUUGCAUCAGUCUACGGUGUUAGUAAAAUGCUUGUGUUGGUCUGAAGUGACUUUAUUUUUAAUUAUAUAUACACAAAUAACAGUAGGGGCUGGUGCUUUGGUCCAUAUCGAUAAUUUAUAAACAGUCCAAACCUUGAAUUUAAUAUACUAGGUAAUAUUAUAUAAUAAACGAGAAAGCGUUUAUUACCGGCGUAUAAAUGACCAAAAAGUGUGUUUUCAAAUGGGCUUGCAUGCAUGUAUUUACAAUAAAGAGAAAUUCAAGGCGAAAUUUGAGUAAAAGCUAAGGUACCGCCUAUCAAACUACAGCAUAUAUUGCGUUUUUAUGUAGCCAAAUACUGCAAACUGUGGCUACAAGAGAUACCAAAAUCUGGCGUAUUUUAUAUUUCUAUUAUAUUUUAUUUUUGCACAAACGUGCAACCGCUGAAAAGCGAAAUGGAUGCACUGUAUAAUUUAAAGAAAGUAGUCAGCAGUAAACACACGCCAGAGCUCCAUCGACCUCGGCUUGUCUUGAAAGCCCUGCGCAUGCGUAUACUCUAUGAAAAUAUUAAAUGUAAUAAUUGCCUUUUCUCUAUCACUUAAAUUUUGAAACCAUUUCUUUUCAUUUUCUUCUUUUUCUUUUCUCAGUUUUUCUUCCUCCUUCUGCCUCUCCUCUGCUUUCUUUUCCUUCACUCGUUGUUUUCUUGCUUUGGAUUGAGCUUUCUUUUUCUCUGCUGCUUUUUGACGUUCUUUCUCUUCCAUUUCCGUCGUCAGUGCGCUGGGAAUCU